AUGAAUAAUUGUUUCCGAAGUUUGAGCUCUGCCCAGCCUGCAAAGAAAUGGUUUCAUUAUUCUAAAUCAGCUUUAAGAUAUGCCAGCACCGCCCGUUAUCCAUCGCCAUCAGCUCAUAAAUGGUCGCAUCCUCCAAGCUCAACCACCAUUGCAGAUAGCGAAAUCGCGAAUCUUGCAAGCAAACCUCUGCAUCCAUUGAGCUUGGCAGAUUUGGUCAAACAUGGCCGCCCAUCCUUAUCAACAGAAGCCUUGUUUUCAUCUGCGAAUUUCACGCUCGAUCUCCUUCCCAUUCGUCUUGCGCACAGAAUACAAGCGUUGCGAAAUCUGCCAUUUAUCGUAGUAUCAAAUCCAAAUAUCUCAAGGAUCUACAAUAAUUAUCUCCAUUCAUUAUCCACCCUUUUACCAUACAAAACCAUAUCUACCUUGGAAGACGAAAUAAGGUUUACGGAGGUGUUGGCAGAUUUGGUGGAAACACACUCGCACACAAUUCCAACUCUUGCAAGAGGUUUUCUUGAAUGCCGAAAGUACAUAAGUCCGUCUGAGGUGACGCGAUUUCUGGAUGAGCAUCUUCGUGCUCGAAUAGGUACUCGGUUGAUCGCGGAGCAACACAUCGCAUUACAUCUCUCAUCUCAACCUCACCAGAUGGGGCAUUCCGAGGCGGAGCCAUCAUCUUACAUUGGUGUUAUAGAUACAGCUUUGAACCCGGCGUCAAUAGUGAAUUCAUGUGGAAAUUUUGUCUCAGAAAUCUGCGAACUUAAAUACGGCGUCCGACCAAGUUGGAUUAUCGAUGGAGAACCGGAGACAACAUUUGCAUUUGUGCCAGUGCAUUUAGAAUACAUAAUUACUGAAUUACUCAAAAACGCCUUCCGUGCGACCGUCGAAUCUGGUAGGUCUAAUGAACCAGUAGUUAUAACGAUAGCUGCAGAGCCAGAGCUCUCUACGAUAAAUGAUCCACAGAGUAAGUCUAGCCCGGGUGUAAUUCUAGAUGGCAACCCCACAAUCAAACCGUUUGAAGAUUCCGCUCCCGGUGUUACCAUUCGUAUUCGAGACCGAGGAGGUGGAAUCAGUCCUGAAGUUUUACCAAACGUAUGGUCUUAUUCAUUUACAACAUUUUCGGAGGAAGACGAAUUACCCGGGCAAAGCCACAGCAACGGGAGCAUGGAUGCUUUAAAUGUUUUAUCAGGCGCUGGGGGUGAGAGUAGCUCGAUUGCUGGGCUAGGAUACGGGCUACCACUUGGAAGAGCAUACGCUGAAUAUUUUGGGGGUGGCAUCGAAAUUCAGUCGCUUUAUGGAUGGGGCUGUGAUGUUUAUUUACGACUUAAGGGCCUCGGAAGACCGAAUAAGUAA